GAGCACCGACCGGAGUCCGUAUCUCGAGUGUUGGCGAGGUGUUGCAGCUGGUGUGCAUUGCCUCGUCUUGGUCCUCUGAAAUGGCCAGUGUGGUUCCGCGAGUUACGCCCGCCGAGCUCAGCUAGUAGUGGUGGUCGCUGGUGGGACGGUGGGCGUGUGUCUUCAGGACGCCCGGACGCCGACACUCCGGGGCAUGACGGCCAAGUCCGGAGGAUUGUCGCCGAAGACAUGAGCAGCCCUGCAUCGAGUUAGGAUGGUCCGGAGCGAGCAAGCGCUGGCGCUGCUGGCCACAGCCUUCCUGCUCUUCAUCAUGCCUCCAGGUUCGCAACAAGGGCCGCACGAAAAGCGGCUACUAAACAACUUGUUGGGACCUUAUAACGUCUUGGAGAGACCCGUAGCCAACGAGUCAGAACCUCUUGAAGUCAAGUUCGGCCUAACUUUGCAGCAAAUCAUUGAUGUGGACGAAAAGAAUCAGAUUCUCACGACAAACGCGUGGUUGAAUUUGGACGAGAAGAAUCAACUCCUAAUAACAAAUAUUUGGCUUUCUUUGGAGUGGAACGACUAUAAUCUCAAAUGGAACGAAUCGGAAUAUGGCGGGGUCAAAGACUUGAGGAUUACUCCAAACAAGCUGUGGAAGCCUGAUGUUCUUAUGUAUAACAGUGCUGAUGAGGGUUUCGACGGGACUUUCCAAACAAACGUUGUGGUCAAACAUAACGGCAGCUGCUUGUACGUCCCUCCGGGUAUCUUCAAGAGCACAUGCAAGAUAGACAUUACGUGGUUCCCCUUUGAUGACCAACACUGUGACAUGAAGUUUGGUAGCUGGACCUAUGACGGCAACCAGCUCGACCUGGUGCUCAAUUCCGAAUCGGGUGGUGAUUUAUCAGACUUCAUAACAAACGGAGAAUGGUACUUGAUAGGGAUGCCUGGCAAGAAGAACACCAUCGUCUACGCAUGUUGCCCCGAACCGUAUGUAGAUGUGACGUUCACGAUUAAGAUCCGAAGGCGAACGCUGUACUACUUCUUCAACCUUAUAGUUCCUUGCGUGCUCAUCUCCUCCAUGGCGCUACUGGGCUUCACGUUGCCACCGGAUUCUGGCGAGAAGCUCACUUUAGGAGUGACCAUCUUGCUCUCGUUGACUGUGUUCCUGAACCUCGUGGCAGAAACCUUGCCCCAAGUAUCUGACGCCAUUCCUUUGUUAGGGACCUAUUUCAACUGCAUCAUGUUCAUGGUAGCGUCGUCAGUGGUCUUGACCGUGGUGGUGUUAAAUUACCAUCACCGUACGGCUGAUAUCCACGAAAUGCCUCAGUGGAUCAAGACGGUAUUCUUACAAUGGCUGCCGUGGAUGUUGGGAAUGAGUCGUCCCGGUAAGAAGAUAACCCGGAAGACGAUUCUAAUGAACAGUCGGAUGAAAGAGUUGGAGUUGAAAGAACGAUCUUCGAAAAGUCUUCUUGCCAACGUUUUGGACAUCGACGAUGAUUUCCGGAACGUGUCAACCGGCGGGAAUAACGCUUCGAUGACGACUAGUUUAGGCGGUACGUUUAUGCGCCACCCCACGACGAUUGAGGAGGCAGCCGUCCCCAGUUCGGGCACGCAACGCGACCUUCAAAAUAUCCUACGCGAGCUUCAAUUUAUCACCAACCGCAUGAAGAAAGCCGACGAAGAGGCCGAAGUGAUCAGCGAUUGGAAGUUCGCCGCGAUGGUGGUGGACCGAUUUUGUCUGAUAAUCUUCACUAUGUUUACGAUCAUCGCCACAGUGGCUGUGCUGCUUUCGGCGCCACAUAUAAUCGUGCAAUAGGCGCGGCGCGGGGUGACUUUGAACUGACUUUUUACUGUGAUACAAGCAAGCAGCGUAUCGUGUCGGCACAGCAGCGUGUGCGAACAGCGAACGUGCCUUCCUGUGGAACAUUUGAACUGACAACUAAAAGGCAGGCACUUAUGUGCAGCGCCCGCGCAUUGCUGCUGCGGUUGCGAGUGGAGUCGCUCGCCCGAUUUUGCGAUUAGCGAAUUCGCUUGGAGAGCAACCAACCAACGUGCGUCAGUUAUCAGCAAUUGGGCAGUUCGCACCCUCCACGCUAAUCACUCUAGAGCUAGACAGUACCACAGUACACAGUACUCACGCGCAAGUACGCAAGUAGCCAGUUGGUAGGGUACUCUUAGUUCGAGGUACACACGUGUCUGCCUUUUGUUCGCCCAUUGAUACAAAUAAAAGGUGUCCACCUGCAUUAAAACAAUUGUGAUGAACUUCGCAAGUUAAUUAAUAAAGUAAUCUAAUGAUCAGUUAUAGAUUAAAUAGUAUAUAUAUAAAUGAGUCGUAACCGCGAGUAAGAUGCGCAAUGCGCACGUUUUAUACGAAGACCGAUAGUCGGAUGUAAGAUUGUAAUUGAAAAAAAUCAUUUAAUUAAUUGUCUUGCAACGACUGGAGGUCUGUAAGACGAUGGACGCCGUGUGCACGGCUCGUCCACCUCCUUGCUCACAGAUUAUUCGAGGAAAUGAUGUCGUCUUCCUACUACUAUUUAUUUUAUAAAGUGUGUUUUGAUCAUCGUAUUGGCCGAGCGCACGUCGUCCUCAUUUUAUAUCAUGUACCAUUUUUAAUAUCAUAUUUAAUAAACUUCGAAUUUUUAAUUAUUACGCAAGUUUCUAUACCAUUUGUGGAUAAGUGGGUUGCCUGCCAACCCGAUAAAUAAUAACAAUAAUAUUCUUUAAUUGAUAAUAAUGAAUGAAUUAACAAUAGCAUUUAAUACGAUUUUAAUAAAAACGUUUCUUUGGGCAUUUUAUAAUUUGGACGAGUAGUAACAUAUCUGUCGAGACUACAACCCAAAUCAAUCGGUCGCAUUGCCAUUGCGACGAAUGACCAUCUCUAUAAUGGUCUGCAUUUUUACCAAGACAACCUCAUACAAAAUCUCGGAUCACUCCGAACUGAUGACUUACUUAACUAUACCUGCUAUUUCUUUUUCCAAAAGUACCUCUUACUUAACAAGACACGCACUGUUUCUGGAAUGAGAGACGAUCGAAUGAAGCGAGACCAGAUAGUCUUUAGUAUCCGCCAAUUGUCCAUUCUUACUUAGAUUAGUAUCGCAGAGAUGUGUAGCCGAUCUUUAGAAAUUACGAAAUAUACUAGAGUAAAAUGUUCUCCCACUUCCCGGCUUCUUUAAUUUCACGUUUACAUAAAAUAUAAUAACAAUUCAUGCUCAAAUUUCAAAUUUUGUUCACUAUAUAAUAUAUUUAUAAUUCUGUUAUCCUGAUGCUGGAAUAAAUAGAUGAAUUAUGUCGAAUAAAUGUAUAUCGUAUGGUUGAAAUAAUAAACGCAAAAAAUUCAGUUUUAAUUCAGUGUUUCAUUUUUCAUACCACUAUAAUUAUAAACGUAAAUUUAUAUUUAUCAAAAAUAAAUCAUUUUUCUUUAGACACCUUUGUUUGAAAUUUUCAUAGAAAUUUAAAUACUUGGCGGUACCCUACUAAGUUCUCAUUUUAUAAUUAUCACAUAUUUGUUAAUUUUGUAUUGACGCGUGUGUAAAAUUAACACUAACAUUCGAUACACUAAAUAAAAUAGAGCUAAUGUAACUUCACUGUGUACGUUUCUAAGAUGUAAAAAUGAGAUGUAUGACUAUUUAUAACAUAAACUUAGAUAAAUAAAAGUAAACUUUUUAUAAUAAAGAUUGUUACGAUACAAUAAAAUUAUUGUAAAUA